UUUCUCAUCAGGCCUUAAAUUCCCUCCCCCUUCUCCCCUCUCUCGUCUCUCACGCCUUCUGCUCUCAUUCUCAUGCAGACCUCUCUCCGCCGCAAAUUCACUCCGGUUCUCUUCUCUUCCACCUCGUUUUCCAUGAAGCCCUCCGCCUACUCCUCCGUCGGUCGGAAGGGAGGCAACCUGUCGGUGUUCGUGGUGGUCAUUUCCAUCUUUGUCUUUGGAUGUUUCAUGUAUAACGAGGACGUGAAAUCCAUCGCUGAAUUCCCGUUCUCACGCCCCAAGCCUCAAGAAAUCCAAGAAGGGAACAACGACGUGUUUCAAGAAAAGGAAAGAAACGUUGGUAUUGCUGGCGGCGAUGAUAAAGCCACCACCGUCUCGGUGGUUGUAAACGCAAGAACCGUCGUGGAGACGGAAGUGGAGGGGUCUACUUCUGCUACUUCUUCUAAUGAUCACGACGAUGAUCAGAAGUCCAAUCAAGAAAAUGAGGAAGAAGAAGAGAAGACGACUGAAAUUUCCACCGGGGAAAACGAUGAUGAGGAGGAGGAUCAGGAGAUUGAAAUCCCUCCUGAAGACUGUGAUCUCUUCACGGGGCAAUGGGUUCUUGAUAACGCCACACACCCACUGUACAAAGAGGACGAGUGCGAGUUCUUGACAGCACAGGUGACUUGUAUGAGGAACGGAAGGAAAGAUUCUAUGUAUCAGAACUGGAGAUGGCAGCCCAGAGACUGUUCUUUGCCUAAAUUCAAAGCAAGAUUGUUGCUUGAGAAACUGAGGAACAAGAGGCUGAUGUUCGUCGGCGACUCUUUGAAUCGGAAUCAGUGGGAAUCCAUGAUAUGUUUAGUUCAAUCCGUAGUCCCUCCGGGCAGGAAGAGCUUGAACAAGACGGGCUCUUUAUCUAUUUUCAGAAUUGAGGAUUACAAUGCGACGGUAGAGUUCUACUGGGCUCCAUUCUUGGUGGAGUCAAACUCUGAUGAUCCCAACAUGCACAGCAUUCUGAACCGCAUCAUCAUGCCUGAGUCAAUCAAGAAGCACGGCAAGAACUGGAAGAAUGUGGACUACCUCAUUUUCAACACAUAUAUUUGGUGGAUGAACACUUUUGCCAUGAAAGUUCUCCGAGGAUCUUUCGACGAGGGGUCGACCGAGUACGAUGAGAUCGCAAGGCCUGUGGCUUACGGGAGAGUAUUGCGGACUUGGUCUAAGUGGGUCGACAAAAAUGUGGAUCCAGAUCGCACCAAAGUGUUCUUCAUGAGCAUGUCCCCUCUUCACAUCAAGAGCUUGGAUUGGGACAACCCCGAUGGCAUCAAAUGUGCAAAGGAGACAGCCCCAAUACUCAACACAUCGAUGCCUCUAAACGUCGGAACGGACCGCAGGCUCUUUGUUAUUGCAGCCAAUGUGACGAAUUCCAUGAAAGUGCCCGUCAAUUUCCUCAACAUAACCACCCUGUCCGAGUACAGAAAAGACGCACACACCUCCGUCCACACCAUCCGCCAGGGCAAAAUGCUGACGCCCGAGCAGCAGGCUGAUCCGGCCACAUUCGCCGACUGCAUCCACUGGUGCCUGCCGGGACUGCCAGACACAUGGAACGAGUUCCUCUACACUCGCAUCAUAUCGCGGUCUUGACACACAGCGCACGUCUCCGUGUAUCAUGAAAUGUAGCACGGAGCGACGUACUAACAUUAAUUGUCACUUGAAAUUUUGGGUUUUGUUAUUCAUAGCACAAACUCGAUGGAUCGAGUAUUUGGAUAUGUUCGGUGAAGCUUAAACAAUGUGAUGUGGACAAUAUGGACAAUAUUUGUUGAUGAGAAGUUGAGACCUCAAUUGUAAAAUGAAAUUGCUUCGGAGAAAAUAAGAAUGAAAGAAAAAUUGUAACUA